UGUUAUUAUUAGUUGUAGGGGUGGUAGUAGUUAUUAGUGUUGUUAUGGCUGGAUACAUGGCACGGCCGAGAGGAGACCUGACCCAGCUGUCCGCACUCGCCCAUACCGCCUUCUCGCCACUGCUGAUCGAAUUAUUGCAGCCAACAUGGCUUCCCCCUCCCUGGUAGCUGCCGAUGCUGGUGGUGGCCGUAUCGUGGAGAGGAGAUACUGUGCUCUGGUGGCAUAGUGCCGUGAGCACAGUCGAUCGACAGUCCCCCCUCUCUCUCUCACUCCCCCUCCCCACCGACCGCCGGCAGACGGCAGGCUCUACUGCAAGAGGCGGAGGAGGGAGCACGAGCAGCUAGCCACUGGCCCGUUGGAGGUGAGGGUGGGAGGAUGUAGGGGGGGACAGUGCACGUCCCUGCCUGCUGCAUGCCGUGUGGUGCCUGACGUGUCGUCUCCCCGCCAGCUGGACACGCCUCGCUGACUCCCCGUCACGGGUGCAUUGUACGCAGACAAUCUUGUGUCUGAAAAACAACCAAGAGGACAUGGAGGUGUGGGCAUCACUGUCACGUGACGCGAGGCCUCGAUUUGGGGUUUCAAUGGUGAUUUUAAGAAGGGACAUGUAGGAAGACUGUAAACAGUGAAUCCGUCAGUUCAUGGCCGUUAGUCAUCAGGAAUCACACCUAAACCUGCUGCCUUGAGGUCCGAGCGAUGGUUCUGGCACCAAGUCUGUCAGGAGAAAUGACAGCAGUCAGGGUUACGCGCUUUCAUUGGUGAACUGCGCUUUGUCGUUUGAUUCCACUCAACUAUAUCGGAAGAUUUUUUUAACCCCGGAGGAAAAACGAAGACUGGCAACUCCUGGCCGGCUGACAAUCGUCCCUGUGUCGAAACGCGAGCAGACGAUCAGGCCACUCAGCGCCUUGCUGCUCUAGCCAGGGAGAUUGGUGUCUCCUCCACACAUCGAUACUGCCAUCUGUAGCCUUCCGCCUCCAACUCCUGGCUCCCGCAAAACCUCGCUCGCCAUCACUGGGGCGUGGGCGGCUGUUUCCAAACCGCCUGCUCUCCAUCUGAACCUUGGAUGCUGACACGACAUCGCACCGCACCACUUGCAUGCAUCGUCGUCUGACAGCCGCUCUGUUGACUUUGGUGCAUCAGGUGCAGCAGGUCAUCGUUGCUGUAGAACUCUUACAGCCAGUUUCUUUACAGAAAACAUUCGCAAGCGUUAGAAAAUACUUGGGUGGUGGGGGAGAGAGUUUGUCUGAAGAUCAAGAAUCGUUUUUUCAAUUUUUUGAUCAUCAAAUAUUGAGCAGUGGGCGGGGGAUUUCUAGGUCGCAUUGCACGACGAAAAGGCUGCAAAAAAGAAGAUAAUGGUUGACAGGGGAUCGGACGGACAUACUCCAAGUGUGUUUUGCGACACUUCCCGUUACAAGCUUAAUUCAGGAACAGAUGACAGCAAUGACGUGGUCGCCGAUUUCCGGCUGAACGACUGCCAUGACAGAAAUGAGCCUCGUAAUUUAGCAACGGAUCGAGCGAGCAUCCCACUCCAACUCCCCAACCACCCACCCUUCCUCGUGAAUCUUGAUGGCCAGGACGGGUGGGACUAAACCAACCCCACGAAUCAACGGAAGACGUUUUGGGUUAUGAAGACAGACAUGUCAGAGUGAUUUCUGUCUCAUUACACCCAAUUUUUUUUUUUUUGCAGCCGCUGUGUGCGGCGAGACCGUUGCGAUAUGAUUGUGGAGCCGUGUGGAGACAGACAGCUGUCCUUGUCCAGUCUCCGGCAGCUGCUGGCCACGAAGACUGGGUCGAAGAGACUGGCGAUUACUGUGUGACUCAGUGUGGCUGCGUGGAGCGAACACGUUGGUGCUGUGGGCUCUCCAUGGAGCUUCUACUUCUCGCACGUUUAACUGCCGGCCCGCGUGUACGACACACCACGUUGACGUGACCGCUGCGUCACUUCCAAACCCACUCUGGACGUGUGACACACGAACGUUAGUGUGACACGUGAACGUUAGUGUGACACGUGAACGUAGGCACUUCACAGGAACCUUUGCUGUGUUUCUUGGGAGAGGAGUGCGCGCGCAUUUUUUUUUUUUUAUCCGAGAUCUCGCGUCUGCUUCCUUCUCAGAACCGAACAGCGGCCCAGCCAGCCACCGAGGCCUCCAUGCCGUCAGACUUGUUUCUGGACCGUCAAGACGCCUUACUUCUGACCCUCGCCUACCGAGUGGUGGGGGAGAGUGUGCCACGCACCCGUCAUGUGAGUGCCACUGACAGCGGAUUACAAGUUUGAGCCAGUGUCACCGUGCCCUUUGACCUCGGUGACAGCCUCUGCCAGCAGACUGACAUGGCUUCCUCCGCACGGUCUGUCCGCUCCAACUCCCGGAGUGCUGGUGUCAGCGCCGACAUUGAGACUCCCAAGGAUCGUUCCGUGAGGCUACGCGUGAUGCCGGAGCAGAGCAACGACUACCGGGUUGUGGUGUUCGGAGCUGGAGGUGUGGGCAAGAGCUCACUCGUGCUCCGGUUCGUACGCGGCACGUUCCGCGAGAGCUACAUCCCCACGAUCGAGGACACAUACCGCCAGGUGAUCAGCUGCAACAAACAGGUGUGCACCUUGCAGAUCACCGACACGACGGGCAGCCAUCAGUUCCCGGCAAUGCAGCGCCUCUCCAUCUCCAAGGGCCACGCCUUCAUUCUCGUCUACGCCAUCACCAGCCGAGCCACUCUCGAGGAGCUGCGGCCCAUCUACGAUGAGAUCGUGGAGAUCAAGGGCGACAUGGACGGCAUUCCCAUCAUGCUCGUGGGCAACAAAUGUGACGAACUCAACAGGGAGGUCCCCGUGCAAGAGGGGGCGGAGAUCUCCAAGAGAUGGAACUGUGCCUUCCUGGAGACCUCCGCCAAGACCAACCACAACGUGAAGGAACUCUUUCAAGAGCUGCUUCAGUUGGAAAAGCGAAGGACUGUCAGUCUGCAGCUAGAAACCAAGAAAUCCAAGUCCCAAAAGAGAAAGGAGAAAUUAAAGGGGAAAUGUUUGUUGAUGUAAUUUUUCUCUGAUCGGUCUGUGGGUGGAAAAACAGUCACAGCGAGGAGAGGCACGUCCCUGACAUUCAAAGACAGCUUUGUCCGCACUUGGCUGUCUUACAGACUUGCGGAGUGCAAAGAACACGUGACCUGCACGUAAGACUAGGGAGUCUGACUGUGUGCCCGGGUGUCCAGUUGACAGUCACCUCUGUUGUUUGAUGUUCAAGGCCUUAAUUUAUGCUGAUUGAUUUGAAACCGACGAGCAGUCGUAGCUGACGCUGCUGACCGACAUGCUUCGUCGGGUCAUUCUGUCACAUACUCGUCAUCAAAUAUGAUAUUACUGCGAUCACGUUUUGUAUUGGAGUCUGAAGUGCAACCUUCUAUUUAUAUUAUCAUAUUAUAUGUAAGUGUAUAUUCAUAUUCACUGUGUCUAUUCAUAUUCACUGUUUUCGCACGGCGGCAUGAAAAUCCGUUGUAUUCUAUAUUUACCCUUGACUCUAUGUAUCUAAAAAUAUUUCAUAGAAAAAAUAUAAGGAUGCUCAUUUAGUGUGUGUAUAUAUAUUUAUAUAAGUAGCUGCUGGUUGUUUCCCUGUUUGCUUUAUAAGCUUUGGGGUUUUUUUGCUAUCGUUCUUCCCCCUCGUCUAUGCUGCAGUCAUGUUAUAGUGCGGCAUUAGUCAAAGUCCCACAGUUUAUAUAAGCUCCCUGCAGAUAACUGUUAUGUAAAGGCAUUGUCAUCUGCCUUUAGAAGAAAAAAUUGUUCAUUUUAAAGAGCAUUUAAAUGAAAAAAAAAUGUAAUAAAAUAUGUCUUAUUAUUCAACCUUAUUCUAGCUAGAAAAUAUUCACUGCGCACAGCACCACACACACAUACAUGCAAGGGAGUCAAUCUGUCAAGUAUAUUCAGAAAAGAUGUGGUUUAAUGUAUUUUUUAAGUCCAUGUUUCUAUGUAUGCUGUAAGAGUACUGGCAGGGAAUUCCAAACUGUGAGUCAGGCUUUCCAAAAGAGUGUUUACCAGUAUCGGAGAGGAAGAAUUAGAAAUUCUGAGCAGAAAGACAUCGUGAGGUCGUUCUGGUGAUACAGGAGGAGAUAGUCUAUAUUGGUGGGUGAGAGUAGAUAAGUAGUUACAAACAACAGUUCUAAAGCCUAAUUGGAAGCCAGUGAAGUGUCCUGAGCAGUUUAGUUGUGCAAGCAUGACGAGGCAGACGCAGAACAAUAGCACAGCAUGCUUCUCAAUUCGCUGAAGUUUGUUCACCUGCACGUCAGGUAAGCCAGCGAGAACGAGCAACAGUCUGUUGGCCACAUCGAGAAAUGGCUACUUACGAAUCUUCCCAAUCUGUCGAACUGUACGUCCACGGUCAGUGGGCAUCUAAGUACAUACCAAGGUUAUGCACGGAAUUAGAAAACACAAUCAAGUGAUUCGAAAAUGGUAAUGAAGACAUUCUCAUCUGUUGUAGUCUGUGCUUCGUGCUAGUCAACAUGGCCUCAGUUUUACCGUUCAUUUUCUAUGUAUCAAACAACAUUCAUUCUGCCAAUCGCUCAGCACAACAUCCAAUACCCAAUAACAAGUCAAGCAACAUCGGACGGGCAACAGAAUGGUACAACUGAGAGUCAUCCGUACAGAAAUGGUAAAGAUGACCUUAAGGCCGAAUGAUGGCGCCUAAGGGCUGCAUGUGCAUUGUGAAAAGAACUGGUACCAAUACGGAUUCACGCGGAACACCACACCUAAAGAAAGCAGAGGUAAACCUUAGAUUUUCAACAGUUACUGACUGCGUGGGUUGGACCAAGUAUUAUUCAAACCCAGGUGAGCGCUGUGCCCUGAACCCCAGAAGUCGAUGAAAGCCGCUGGCAUCAAAUCACACGGUCAAUGCAUCGAACGCCGCAAACAAGUCCAGAAGAGAGAGUAAUGAGACAGCACCAUGGUCAGAUUAUUCAAGAGAUCGUUCACCACUCCAGCUAAAGCUAUCUCAGUGAUAUACGAUAGACUGAUUAGAAAGGCUCGAGAAGAUCAUUAGCCUCCGCCUGACCCACGACCGGGCUGCCCGACAAUAUUUUUCAAGUAUUUUUGAGAGAGAGAUGAGAGAUAAGACACUGGUCUGUAGUUUUUUCAAAUCGUUGUAGUUCAGUUUGGCUUUUAUUUAAACUGCUUUUUUAAUUUAAUGUUUGAAACAUAGUAUCAAUCCCAGACUAUAAAGAAGUAUUAAAAAUAGAUACAAUGGUAGAUAAAAGCUCGUCUAGACUCUAUAAUACGAAAUACAUACAAACCACGUACUGGAAGAUAAUCUCGGUCAGUUCUCAUUAUCCUUUCUUGUGUGGACAAUUCCAGCAGCUGUAAUGGAGGCUGUUUUUAGCGUGAAACAUUUACCCGCCUUCAUCGCCAUCAGGCAAGCAUUCUUUGAGGAAUGAACAGGGACAAGAGGUUUACUGAGUAGAGUUCAGUAUCAUUUCUUUUGUCAACUCGAAAGUCUUUGACCCUGCUGAUGAUCAGCUAAACGACUUUGGAAAUCUGAGAUCCGCUGAUACACUUCAGUAUCCUGUCCUUGUGACACACUAAUCAGUGAAUGUGAAGCUGGCAAGAGCCAGGAGCCUUCAAGAACAGAAGGGGAAUAAUCUUUAAUCAUGAUAACACAUUAGAGAAACUUGUCCCAGAAAAAGUUAAGGAAAUUUUUAAUCAAAAGUUUGCAGCCACGUUGUUGAACGUUCUUGCACGUUCUUUGCGUCUCUGCUGCACAGGUAGCUUUGCUUCUUCUUUCUGAUUUUCUUUGUUUAGGGGUAAGGGUGGGUAAGGCACUCUGGAUGAUUCUUUCCGGAAUCGCGCAAGUGGUCAGUGAACCUCUGGCUGAAGUAUAAUAAAGUGAUUGUUCGUUCCCUCCUUGUCAGUAAGACAUCCCCCUCUCCUGCCUCCAAAAUGUGUUGUUUACUAUCGCAUGUUUGUUUAGCGCAAGGCUAGUCCUGUAUGGGAGUACAACUCUGUAAGGACUCCCCACUGUUUCACAAAGAAUAUGCGACGUUCCAAACGCUUCCACGUUUCUCAUUGAAAUCUACUCACGUUCUCAAUCAAGCACAAGAUAUUUUCACUUAUCCUGCCAUAUUUUCACAUUUUUUUAGGGUCAGUCGUUAUAACUAUGCUUAGGAACAACAAGACCAACGCAUGCCCACUAGAAUAGCUCGUCGACGUGUCCAACCGAAUCCAUCAAUGUUUUUAAAGACCGUAGUUUUGUCGUUUAACAAAUCGCCCACUUCUGAUGUGAUACACAGCAGAUGCCACAGAAUGUCUUCCUUUCAUCCCUUUAAAACCUGCUCAGGUUAGCAUCAGCACCACAAGAAGAAAGCGCACAUGCCGCAGCUUUUCACUGACGACAGGGGGAAAAACACGAGCAAGCCCUCCGGUAGUUGUUCUCAUAUAGACGUAUCUAAUAUACUUGCCCACUUGCUGGUCAUUAACCUCUGGCUAGCUGUCUACAGUCGAAUCUGAAGCCACGCCUUUCCCGUUUUAUCUCCAGCUACCCUUAGUGCACCAGUCUCAAGCUCCUUGGACUGAAGAGCUGAGACUUGUCUGUGUGGACUACAGCUUCACACUUCUGAGGCUUUCUAGUGCCAUUGUUAAGAUGUUUGUUGUUACGCAGGUUUUUUUUCCUGAAAAUAUUCUUUAUAAACACGCAUGCUAGUGAGUCACUGCAGCACCACACACAUUUCGAGACAAAACCAUUAUUAAAGCCAUGGUAACAUAGAUGUAAACCUGCUUUGCCAGCGUGUUGCAUUACAUGUUGCAAUGUCAUGAAUAUUUUGCAAUAUUUACUAGUGUAAAUGUUUUCAGAAGUCUAUUUAUCUUUCAGUUUUUAUUGUUAUUUAUAGUUUUAGGCAGUGGCUGCUUUUCAGAAGAUUGACGGCAACAUUUUCAUGAUCCAGGGGCGUCCUUUCUCAGUGUUAUGUGCUGAUAAGUGUGACAUACGUUGCCAUUCUUGCAGGUAAAAACGCCGUUGUGAAAUGUUGUAAAUGUUUCUCUUUGUUAGGUAAACUGUUGCAAGUUUAACUCAGUUCUGAUGAAUCAUUAACUCUUUAAACAUGAGUGACGUAUAAAUAUGCAUUUAAUUCUGUAACUUUGAUUUUUGGUGUGCUGUGUUGAAGCAGUGUCAGUACAGAGCACAUUUUGCUACGAUUUACAGACAAGUACAGAUUCAGAAUAAUGUUCGUCUUUGUAGUUGUGUGUUUACGACAAUUUUUUCCACUUGAUUUUCUGGGCUGUUUUUGCUUUGUUUCAUCCAUUGAUGUUGCCUCUGCUGGAAGAUCGUAAAGAUGGGAUCGAGUUGUCA